AUGCCCUCCGCCGACGCCUUUGACGAAGAACCGCCGUUUGACUUUGAUCCGCCCGAAGUCUCCUCAACGCCGCCCACACAACCCUCUCCGCCAGCAAAGAGCAAGAAGAAGAAGAGCAAGAAGAAGCAGUCGCAGCAGGCGAGAACCGAAGAUGGGAAUGAGUCUUCGAGCUAUCCCAAAUCCGUGACGCCCUCUCCACCCGCCCACAAUGGUGUGAAGUUGCAGGUGGACUCGCCGGUGCAAGGCGCUGCCGAAGGAGCAACAGACACAAAGACACCGCCGCUGGUCGAUCUGGAUGAUGAGGAUGAGCAGCCGACGCUGUUUGAGCAGCAUGAUGACGAAGAGGAGGACGAGCCACACUAUUCUCCACCCGCAAAACCCGUCACUCUGGCGGGAGAUCCGCCGCCGACAGCUCCGUCUUCAACAGCAGCACCUUCAGUCAAGUCUCCUCGCCUUGCCGCAGCAAGAGCACUUGGUCCUCCUUCGCCGCAAAGUCGGCCCCUCAGCGUGCACAACCCUCCCCCAUCCCGCGAGCGCCAGAAUUCGGUUUCGACCCACGAACGGCACAGCUCUUUUUCAACCCACCGUCUUCCUCUCGCUUCCAGUCAGCCCUCUCGACGCGAGUCCUUUGUAACUCACGCUUCACCCCGACCGCGAUUUGUCGAUCCUCCUCCUCCUCACAUGCCACAAGCCCACUUCUUUCAACUCCCCGACAUCGGAAUCAACAGGAACAAGAAACCAGACAUGGGGAGACCUGCAGGCUCCGACGGCUACUGUUGUCGUUUGGACUCUUUCGCAGAUGGUGGUGAUGCAGCUUCGGCAAAGAAAGCGCGGGAUGCUUUGCUGGUGGGAUGUGAGGGCGGACUGGAGGUCUUUCGUGUCUUGUCCACAAAGAUGGAGAUUAUAGCCAGGCUGGAGGGAUUGGGAGGUGCUGUCAUUGGUGCAAAGAUUCUGCCGCAUACUGAAAGGACCGAUCCUCUGCAAGAACUACGACCUCUGGUUGCUGUUGUCGUUCAUGGACCUCUGGUGGACAACAGAGGAGAACAGCGCAUGAGCAACGAGAGCGAGCCACCUUCUCACUUCCAAACGACUGUGGAUGUCUACUCGCUACGUGCUCAACGCUAUGUAGCAACACUCUACCGAAGUGCUCCAGUUCCGAUUGAAAAGCCGCUGGUCGGACAAGUGUCUUCUCUUCCGGACCCUGCUGGGGAUCUUCAUCUGGACGCCGCAGGUCGAUUCAUCACCGUCACUUCUGGCAAGAGUGGUGAGGUCUGGGUCUUUACCGCAGUCCCAAACUGCGGCUUGGAGGAAGCACAUUAUCGAUGCAUUGGCAAGUUCUGGACAUCCCUCCAAACAAGCCUGCCUAGCACAACCGUCCGUACGCCUAGUGGAAGUGGUGAGACAUCAACGACAGAAGGAGAAGUCAAAGAGCAGUCGCGUACUCCAGUAUACAGCCUCAGUCAGCGCUGGCUCGCCGUACUGCCACCAUCUUCCGCAUCAAACAUUUCAAUCCAAGGUAUUCCACUUCYAUCAGAAAUCAACCCUUCACCACCCGGAAUCACAACACACGCUGCGCCACCGCAGCCUCUCGUUACGUGCGAGGUGGUCGGAACGGAUCCAGAGGGCACAUGGAGUCGUCUGGGUCGACAGGCCGCGCAGGGGUUGGUGAAGUACUCGCAGAAAGGUUUCGAAAUGGGGCUGCAAGGGUGGAAAGAGUUGACCCAUCCAUCCCCACCGAAUGGCCGUCAGCCUCAUGAUCGUGCUUCAAGUAAAGAAGACGUCUUUCCUCCCACAAAAGCCUUUUUGGAUGAUCCGGGAAGGCUGAGAAAAGAGCCCGCUCUAGUCUCACUGAUCGAUUUAGAGGCUCUCCUUCAGUGGGAAGAGCAUAAGCCAAAGUAUUUUGCACCGCCCAUGGCAACUUUUGCACUUGUCGACGGCUGCAACUUUCUAUCCUUCUCCUCAACGGCAACCAGACUACUCUCAGCCAGCCGUAAAGGCGAGGUCUCUACCGUGUGGGAUCUGCGACAGGUAGCCCACGGUGUGCCCAGAUGCGCGAUUGACAGCGACGACGACGUCAGCACUAGUCCAUGCAUUAAACAACUUCAACGUAUUGCGAGGAAUACACCCUCGACCAUCCUCGAAUGCGCUUGGUCUCGAGAUGACGACGCCGUUGCGCUUCUCACCGCACACGGAACAGUUCAUCUCCACGAAGUCACAACCAAACCCACCCCUCGGAAAAGAAAGCGAGUCUCUGCGACCUACACCGAACCCACAGCUGAAAAAGCCGAUGCCACGGUCAGUCUCUCAACCGGCCUCUCUCCACCUAGCAGCAACCAAGGCUUCUUGGGAAGCAUCAAGUCCAGCUGGACAGCCGUCUCAUCCCAAGUCAACACCCUCCGCGCAAUCAACGCCCCUGUCAUCCCCACCACUUUUGCAGGCUUCCGCGACGCCACYGCCGCUGCAGGGAACGCCGGCUCCCGCGCUUUUGCCCGCGGAUUAAGUCAGGGGUAUACUGCAGCUAAAGGCGGGGCGAUUGAUUACUGGCACGCAGACGACAACAAGAUCCGCCACACGAAAGCUCUGCAAGAACCCAAUUCCGCGAAAAGCGUUAGCUGGAUCAAAAGGAAUGAGACAGUUUAUUUGGCUAUCGCGUGUGGUGGGCAAGUGCACGUCCAUCCCGUGCAGAAGGUUGAGAGGAGGAAAGGGGAUCGGAUUGUGAGUGGGCUGAAGCAUGAGAGAUAUUCGCACAAGGCAUUCGCUCUCAGUCUGAUCCAGACAAGGGCAGAUAUGGGUGGUUUGCAAGGGCUGAUGCGAGGACGGGAUCCGUGUCGAGACCAGGGUGUUCAUGGAUUUUGGAGCUUGAGGGCGGAGAUUGUUGUUGGGGAGGAGAAAGGGAGGGGGGAAGGGGAAUGUGAUGUGGAGACCAAUCCACCUUAUUGUCCUUUCCAUGUGGACUAUAGGGUGAAUGUAUACGGGUUUGAGGAGGAUGGCGAUGGGUUGAGCGACUUUCAACGGGAAGGCCAUGGCGAGGAAGAAGGAGGGGAGCCGUGGACGUUUGGCGACCCAUUGCCUGCGAGAGUGAAGAUCAAUGUUCAAAGGGGGAGUUAUGAUGCCGAUGAUGAUGCCAUGAGUGGGUCAGAUUUCGGGGUAGUUGGUGAAGAACAGGAUGUGGGAAGUCAAAUGGAAAGUCGAUUGACGAUUCAGCCUGCCCCGAUCAAUGGGGGUGGGAGGAAGGGUGGUAUUGGUGGAGAACAUCAUCAGCAAGAAGAGAUCCGAAUCAACACCAGACGGAGAAAGGGGAGAUUUCCUCCUAGUGAUGGUGAUGAGGGAUUUGAGUUUGGAGGGGAUGCAGAUGGGAUGUGA